AUGACUUCUUAUUCUGUUGGUACUUCUAUAACACCAAAAAAUAUACAUAUAAAAUAUAUGAAUUUAAUAGAUGUUCUUGAUAAUAUAACUAAAAAAGGACAUUCUUUAACUGAUCAAGAAUUAGAAGAAGCUGAAGUUUUGUUAUCUGCUUUAGAUUUAUCUAAAACAUUUUACAAUUAUGGACGAGGAGAAUUCUUGCAUUAUAUUACAUUAUACAAUUUAAAAGAAGAAGAUGCUUUUAAAUUUAACAAUUUAGAAGCUAAAAGUGAUUUUAUAAAACUAAUAUUUCCAGAUGGUUCAUGUGUUGUUAGAAAUGAAUUUCUUUUAAAGUAUUUUCAUUUUUUUAAAGAUAUUUCUUUAAAUGCACUAGUAUCAAAUAAAAGUCAAUUUGUAAUUGUUGGAUUUUCAAUACAUCAUUUUUGUACUAUUCUUAAAUUCUUUUAUGCUAAUACUAUAUAUUUAAAUCAUGAAAAUAUUUUUGAAUUGUAUAGAAUAUGUGAUAUAUUUAAAGUUGAAGCAUCAUUCAAACAAAAAGUCAUUUGUUAUAUAAAUCAUUUUUAUGUAUCAUUAUCUAAAACAAUUGGUUUUUAUAAAUACCAUAUUUAUUUAGAAGAAGGACAUCUUGGAGGAUCAGGUAAUAGAUUCAAAAUUAAUAAUGAUGAUGAAUUUGACGACAUUUCUCGACUCCUCUAUCUUUACCAAUGGAAAUAUAAUGGAGGCAUUGGAUUUGGAAGAUAA